CCAUCUUUCGCCUCUAUUGAGAAAUGUUCACUUCUGCCGAACAGGAUGUGUUAUUUGAAGCCCUCGUCCGGCCAUUCCAGCUUUGCUUUUUCGAACCCGUUGUAUUCCUCAUGAACCUAUACAUCUCCUUGAUUUAUGGAAUCCUUUACAUCUGGUUCGAGGCUUUCCCGAUUGUGUUCAGUGAGAUCCACGGCUUUAAUUCGGGUGAAACAGGUCUUGCAUUGCUCAGUAUUCCUGUCUCGACCUGUUGCAUCACCAUCCCACUUUAUUUCUAUUGGAAAUUGAAGUAUCAGGCCAAGUAUUUCGAUGAGAACUGGAACAUCACACCAGAAUACCAACUACCACCGGCUUGUGUUGGAGCCUUCGCCCUCCCUAUUUCCAUGUUCGGGUUCGGCUGGGCGGGUAAUUUCGAAUCCAUCCAUUGGAUUGUCCCCAUUAUUGCAUCCAUGCUGUUCGCAUUCGGAGGUUGCAUGAUCUUCAACAGUAUCUUCGGUAAGCGCAUCCGAAUGGCAAGCAAAUACGCCCGUCAUGAUACCUAAUGCCUUUGACCUCGCGUCAAUUGUUUUUUGUCUUCUGGAUUCAUGCUUGGUUAGGGUAUUCUUCCAAUUUAAUCUUGUCCAUCUAUCGGAUCCCUCUUCGUUAAUCGUCGGUCGAGCCUUGUCAGAAAACACUGUAUUUGGUUAACAUAUCAUCCUCUCUCUCGCGGCUAGGACCAAGUUACCCAAAUACUCACAAGAUGAAUAAAGUAACAGACGGGCUUCAUCAAGCCAACAUACUCCAAGAUCAUAUGAAAUACCGUAGCGGCAGUUAUUUCCAAUUCGUU